AUGUGGGUGGAGUCUCUAUCCUGGGAAGCGGCCUCGUCGGCGGUGCAGAAUCAGUUGUCGUCGGCUUUGUCCGCCGUUUCUCAACUGCACCGCCCGGCGUCGAAUCAUCGAAUGGCACUCAAUACAGGACACAUUCCCACAUUCAAAGAGAGGAGACCAUUCCAUGCUCGAGAGAAAGAUGUUCAAGAAAUUAAACGCCAACAGCCCAAUAAAGUGCCUGUGAUUAUUGAGCGAUUUGAAGGUGAGCGAAGUCUUCCGUUGAUGGAUCGAUGCAAGUUCCUCGUUCCCGAUCACAUCACUGUUGCCGAAUUGAUGCAUAUCGUUCGACGCAGGCUUCAAUUGCAUCCAGAACAAGCAUUUUUCUUGCUCGUCAACGAGAAAUCGGUUGUCUCGAACUCGAUGACAAUGUCCGAAUUGUAUCAGAAAGAACAAGAUUCGGAUGGUUUCCUUUAUGUCGUCUACACCAGUCAACCAGCUUUCGGA